AUGUCUGAAUUCUAUGACAUCAAUUCUUCCUUGGAGUUUGCGCGGUACGAUCCGGGUGAAAAGCUGACGCUCUACCCAUACAAGCCUGUCGAGCCUUACGGCCUCCCGCAGUACAGCAAGCCCAAGUCAUUCUAUUACGAGGUGAAGCGGCUGGGUUGGAUCCGGAACUUCAACCCGACCAAGGCCCACGAGACGCCACCAAAGCAACAAGCUCGCAUCGAGAUUGUGAAGUCUCUCUCCGGCGGAAUCAAGUCCGGAGCCCAGGUUCUUCUUUGCAAAGUCACCAAGGCUCCAGAUGAUUGCAAAUAUCUUCACGCACCCUUCCCUGGAAACCCGCGCAAGCGACGUUCCCAACAAGCCCCAAGCCUGCUUGUCGCCAAAGUUUUCGACUCCAUGUUCUUCCCCGGCACCGACGAGUUUCUGACCACGCUUUACGGAAAUGAAGGUUACGCCGAACAGACUCUCAGCCGCGAAGCCGGGGCGUUGUCAUACCUCUACCAAAGAGGCCUACCCGCCGACCUCUCAGCCAAAGGCAAGAAUGGACAGAAUAACGACAACAGCGUCACUGGCCACCCGCACCUCAUUCCCCAGUACUACGGCUCCUGGGCGGUGAGGUUUGACAUGGGCGAGGACGACAAGGGCGACACUCAGUACAGAUGCGCUGCUCUGGUUCUCAUGGAAUACGUCGAGGGCCAUGCCAUGGAAGACCUCUGCACCAGAGACAAAGGCAGCGGCUUCCUCCGCCCGAACCCGAAGCCGAUCAUCUUCCACAGAUACCAGGACGCGUCUGGCCACUCUCAGAAUAGGACGCUGAAAUUGAACGAGGACGUUCGGCUGAAGAUUUUCCGCGACUUCAUCCACGAGAUUGUUUGCCACAUGCACAUCGGCGUCCAGCACCCCGGUUGCAAGCCCAGAAGCCUCCUCGUCACCUUGCGCAACCACGGAGCUCGAGAGGGCGUGCGUGAGCUGGACGAGCCGCGGAUGGUGAUGCUUGACUACAACCUCACAGAGGUGUGGCGCAAAACCAGAGAAGGCAAAAAGGAAGGCCAGAGUCAGCAUUGCCUCGAGAUGCUCCCCUUGCCGCCUCACCCGCUCGAGCGUUGCAGCCCCGAGGGCUUUGGCAACUUUAUCGGUUGGUUCAACGCCAAGUGGACACUCGGAGAGUUCCAAGGCUGGCUCAGAAAGGAGUUUGGCGAGCUGGAGGAGGGAUCGGAGGAGUGGUCCAAGGGGAAGUAUUCCACGUUCAAGACUCUCGACAAGAUCGAAGAGGCGGAGCUGGCGCUCGAGUUGGCCGAGGAGGAGAUGAAGGAGAAGGAGGAAGAUGAGCGACUUCAGGCGGUGGCCGCCAUGUUCCAGGGCGCCGAGAAGCAGAAGGAGAGAGCAGACUUGGAGCGCCUUCGAAAGUUUGGCCACUUGCCUUCCUUGGAAAUACACCGUCAUGAGGUAAGGCCGGGCUUCUCACACGUGCAGGAAGUCGCACUUCGACAGCGGUCCGAACCUGAAGAGCUUGAAGGAUGGCACAAGCAUGGGGGACGACAGCAUCGGACGUUUUUGGCUGCGAAGGAAGGAGAACACAGCGCUCAAGUGGCGAGAGGAGGCGGAGGCGAUGACAAUGCCGCCGCCGCGGACUCUCGCGACGAAGUGAAGGUUCUAGGAGAGGGCGAGGCUGGGACGGCUCCGGAGGAUUCUUCCGCAUAG